CGGCCAGCCAGGAGGAGGGGGCCCCUUUGGGUGAAGAAGUUUGGAAACUUUGUACUGUUGAGAGAAAAAGAAAGAGGGAGUGAGAGAGAGAGAAAAAGAGGAGAGUUGGGCUGAGUUGUACUGGAAGAGCUGAGCCUACUAGAGAAGCCAGAUAAGACAAGAAAGCCUGCUUGGGAGAGGAUCAGCAAGGAAGCCACCAUGUCCCACAAAGGAUGCCUCAGUGUCAUAAAGUACUUCCUCUUCAUCUUCAACCUCUUCUUUUUUAUGCUUGGAAGUCUUCUUUUCAGCUUUGGCUUAUGGAUCCUUUUUGACCGAAACAAUUUUGCUUCUGUUCUUGGGUCAUCAUAUUAUGCCCUAAAAGUCUGGUCCUAUAUCUUCUGUGGUGUUGGCAUCCUCACAAUGUUGAUGGGUUUCCUUGGAUGUCUAGGCUCCCUCAAGGAAAUCAAGUGCAUGCUGGGAUUUUACUUCGCUUUCCUGCUCCUCCUUUUUAUUGCUCAGAUCACCAUCGGAAUCCUGAUAUACGUACAGCAAAACUCGCUCAAGAAAACAGUUGGAGAAUAUGUAAAUGACAUAAUCAAAACCUAUGGAGCAAAAAGUUCCUACUCUGAUCAUGAGGAGAGCUGGGAUUUUGUGCAAAAGCAGCUCCAAUGUUGCGGAUGGGCUUCUUACAGCGACUGGAAGGAGAACCCGAGAGUCCACAACUCCUCCGACCACUUCCCGUGUUCCUGUUAUAAUGCUUCUCAAUCUAGUCCUCUGGAGAUUAAUCAGACUGCAAAAGUGGAGCCUGAAGGCUUCUGCAAAGCUUUGGGCGAGUGGCCAGUCUACAAGGAGGGCUGCAUGCGUAGCGUUGAAGUCUGGGUGACCAAUAAUAUCAUCACCGUUGUGGGGAUCUGCCUUGGCAUUGCCCUCCUCGAGCUCUGCCUCAUGACCCUGUCGAUGUUUCUGUGUAGGACCAUUGGCCCCAACUAUGACAAGCUCGCCCGUUACUCCUAGGAGGCGACUCGCCAGUCCCCAAAGUCGGAAACCAUUCCCUCAAAUGAAGCCAUUCCACUGCAGGGGAUUUAAAACAGUGUUUUUGCAUGGUGCCUUGGGAGGUUCCCUACCUAACCUUUUUUGUUGAUGUUGUUUUUACCCAUAUCUUGGUAAAUGAAACUUAACCUUCAGGAGAGCAACCGGCACCAGCAAAGAAAUGGAAAGUGUUGCACUCCACCAGAGAGUAUUCUGCUUCAUGCAGCUACAUGGAUGUUUUGGUUCUUAGACCAUUUCCAAAAACUAUAAGCAUGCUGCCAUUUGCCUUGAGAAAAGAUGUAACCUGUCUCCAAAGUAAGAUGCCAUUCCUAUGUUUUUCUCUCACUUGAAUGCUCAAAUUUUUAAUAUACGACUCGGGUAUUGCUUCAUCAUAAGCAUCCAGGGCCAGCUAACACCUCCCAACAAAGGAUUCCCCCAGGCAGGAAGCAGCCAGGCUUUGAAGCUGCAAGGCCAUUCAAUACAAUUUGGGAAGCUGCUCUGAGUCCCCUAUGGGUUGAGAAGGGCGGGGUACAAAUAUAGUAAAUAAAUAAACAAAUGCUAAUCAAAGUGCCCGAUUUCAACAUUCACAUUUGCUUCCAACAGAGUUCCAAAGAGUUCUUUCUCCCACCCUGGAUAUUAUUCCACAGAUAUAUAAACCCCACUUGCCUAGUUUCCAACAGACCUCACAACCUCAGAGGAUGCCUGCCAUAGAUGUGGGUGAAAUGUCAGGAGAGAAUGCUUCUGGAACAUAGCCAUUCAGCCCAGAAAACUCACAGCAACCCAAUAAACAAAACUGUUUUGUAGGAAAUUAUCUGCACAGAUGUUAGAAUCUAAAAAGAUAAAAUGUGAAGUAACUGUAGAGUACAACUCCCACAUCCAUUGGGGAUACAUUCCCAGACUUCACAUGGAUAUGUAAAACCUAAAUAAUAGACAAUCCUAUUCAAAUGAAGGAUUUCUGACCCUAGAAAACCAUAGUUGUGCUGGAGGACCUAGAAAAUGCCUAGAGAGGACACAUUUUGUUAGAUAUGGAUAAAUGAUGCUAGAUAUUGCUCUGCAGAGUCGGAGUUUGUACUGUGUUUUCCAGUUUUUAUUAAAUUUACCUCUUUAUUGAAUUCCAAAAUGGGAUAAGGCAGAUGUACAGGUUAGAAGAGUUUAUUCUUGCCUGAAAUAAAACUAUAUCUGCAAUUAAGAUUUAUAGUGUCAAUGUCCCAUUGGAUUAGCUGUAGCAAUGAAUCCAGUAGAGUAGUGACUGUAUUUUUUGAGCAAUGCCUUUUGGGUGCACCUGGUUGAAACACUGCAAUGUGUCCAGACCUGGCAUUGAUAUGUUCUCUGACAAUUUUGUUUCCAGAAUUUGGAAAAAUAGCUUUUUCAGACUAUAACUCCCAGAAUCCCCCUGCUCAUACGGUCAUAUGCCAUGCUAGUUGUGAAAUUUUGGGAGUGCAAAAAGUAUCUUUCCCCAAUUUUGGUUUUGACCCAUAUCAGUGUUUAUCUUGUGUUGCUGCCUCAAAGUCACUGUGAUAGGCUCACAUGCUGCAAAAGUCUUAUUUAAUAGGGUUGGAUUUCCCUUUAGAUUCCUGAAAAUGUUAAUCAAGUACUUGUUGUAUACUUUGGACCCCAUGUCACUCCCAUAGCUUGAAAAUACCUUUUCCCACAACGAUCGCUCUUCAUGGACACAAAAACUCCAGUGCCUUUGGGUAUUUCUGCAAAAGCCUUCUUCAUCUAGAUUGGCUGCAGGAAGGGUCAACAACCAGAUUCCCGGUGUUUGUGUGGGAUUCUUAAAACUGACCAAAAGUAAAGGACAAAGCCUUUGCUUGCAUUGGACAUAUAUGCACUGGUGCUGCUUUCUCAUUGUUUCAAUGGAGUUAUGUCCAUUGGUAACUGUGCAAAAUAAUUAUGCUCAGUUCAAAGACCGAGUAAUUAGUUGUCAUGAAUUUAUAUUAUAUUGUACAUGUCACGUCUUGCAGAACGAUGAAUGGGGAAGUCUACUUUUAACCUUUGCUGUAUGUGUGUAUUUAUGUAUAUAUUCUAUAUGGUUGUUUGAUACAGUCAAACGGGGAAGGAAAACAUGCCAAGAAGAGGAAGUAAGUGGAAUGAGGUCCAUGUACGAUUUGACUUACCUCCUCUCAACAUGUUGCCUUUUGUUCUUAAGAUAUUGGUGGCUUUGUGUUUGUUUUUAAAGUCUCCCAUUUUGUAAAUAAGUAAUAAAAAAAAACUAGAAUCCA